CAGAGGCGAGCCUGCGAUCUUUCUUCUCGCCGCCUCACCCUCGGUGCUUAUUUGAAAUGUAUGCAAAGUAAAUCCAGGAAAUUUCGUUCAAGCAGAUGUUUGAGAAGAGCAAGUUCGAAUCAGGAGAACACUCGCCUACCGGCUCCUCGUUUAAGAUAGAAUUUGACGCGCUGGAGGAGGAAUAUGUCGCACGCCUGCACUUUCCACACGCUGUCACACAGACAAACUACAAGAGAUACUGUAGAAAGAUGGCUGAAGAACCGGUUCAAAGAUUUAUAAAACCUGGCAGCCACAAAGGCAAAGGUCUUGCUGUGUUCACCAGCGGAGGCGACUCUCAAGGAAUGAAUGCUGCCGUACGAGCGGUCGUUAGGAUGGGCAUCUAUCUCGGAUGCAAAGUGUUCUUCAUCAGAGAGGGUUAUCAAGGAAUGGUUGACGGUGGGACGUACAUAGAGGAAGCGACGUGGUCGUCCGUGUCUUGCAUCAUCCACAGAGGUGGCACAGUGAUCGGCUCUGCACGGUCACAGGAUUUCAGGGAGCGUGUUGGUCGCCGGAAGGCUGCGAAAAACUUGGUGAUCCGCGGAAUAACCAAUCUGGUGGUGAUAGGCGGAGACGGCUCUCUCACUGGCGCCAAUCUCUUCAAGGAAGAGUGGCCUGAACUACUGAAAGAGCUCGUCGAUGGGGGCGACAUCACCGCCGAGCAAAGCGAGAAGCACAAGCACUUGCACAUCGUGGGAAUGGUGGGUUCCAUCGAUAACGAUUUCUGCGGCACAGACAUGACGAUCGGCACCGACUCGGCGUUGCAUCGCAUCAUCGAAAGUAUAGACGCUAUCGUCAGCACGGCUUACUCUCACCAGAGAACAUUUAUAAUGGAAGUAAUGGGUCGGCAUUGCGGGUAUCUGGCUAUCGUGGGCGCUCUAGCUGCGGAGGCCGACUAUGUUUUCUUCCCGGAAUGUCCGCCUCCCGUCGACUGGCCCGAAAAAUUAUGUAAAAAAUUGGAGCAGGAGCGGCUUACCGGGCAACGACUCAACAUCAUUAUCGUGGCUGAAGGAGCUGUUGACAGGAAUGGCGAUCCGAUUACCGCCGAGAAGGUGCACAAAGUAGUCGUGGAGAAGCUGCAGCAAGAUACCAGGAUCACUGUCCUGGGUCACGUACAAAGAGGUGGUAAUCCCUCAGCCUUCGAUCGAGUUUUGGGAUGCCGAAUGGGAGCUGAAGCUGUGAUGGCUCUGAUGGAGGCGACACCCGAGACCGAGGCGUGCGUUGUCACACUGGACGGUAAUCAAGCUGUGAGAUUACCACUUAUGGAAUGCGUGCGCCGUACGAAGGCCGUAGCGCAGGCUAUGGCCGACAAAAAUUGGGAUCUUGCGGUUCAGCUGCGAGGAAAAGGCUUCGAACGUAAUCUGGAGACUUACAAGAUGCUGACGCGCCUUAAAGCUCCGGUGGAAAGUUCCGAUCCAACCAAGGAAGUUAAUGGGCGUGCAUUACCGAAGCAAUACACUUUGUGCGGACAAGAUCAUUACACGCUGGCGGUUAUGCACAUAGGAUCACCGUCCUGCGGCAUGAACGCCGCAGUCCGCUCCUUCGUGAGGAAUUGUAUCUAUCGAGGCGAUAAGGUGUACGGUAUCUGUGACGGAGUGAUGGGCCUCAUAGACGGCAGAUUGAAGCUGAUGGAUUGGCCUUCGGUCACCGGCUGGGUUGCGCAAGGCGGCGCUUAUCUGGGGACGAAACGCGCGCCACCCAAGGAAGACCAACUCCCGCAAAUCGCUCAGAAACUCAAGGAAUUCGGGAUUCAAGCACUACUAAUCAUAGGUGGAUUCGAGGGUUAUCAAACUGGCCUGACGUUCUUCAAAGCAAGGGACAAGUACAAGGAAUUCCGUAUUCCUAUCGCCAUGAUCCCUGCGACUAUCAGCAACAAUGUGCCAGGAACGGAAUUUUCUCUUGGUUGUGACACAGCUUUGAAUGAGAUUACAGAAAUUUGUGACCGUAUUCGACAAUCGGCGCAAGGUACUAAGCGUCGUGUAUUCAUCAUCGAAACGAUGGGUGGCUUUUGCGGAUAUUUAGCGACAGUCGCUGGUCUGGCUGGAGGUGCUGAUGCGGCAUAUAUCUUCGAGGAAAAGUUUAAUAUCAAAGACCUGAAUCAAGAUGUCAUUGCGAUGGCGGCGAAGAUGUCGGAAGGCGUUCAGCGGGGUCUCAUACUUAGGAACGAGAACGCCAAUCAAAAUUAUAAUACCGAUUUUAUGCAGAGACUUUUCAGUGAGGAGGGGAAGGGUUUAUUUAGCUGCAGGAUGAACAUAAUUGGUCACAUGCAACAAGGUGGCUCGCCGACGCCCUUCGAUCGCAAUUUGGGAACAAAGAUGGGCGCUAAGGCCGUGGAAUGGUUCAGCGACCAAUUGCGAAAGUGCACCACUCCCGAUGGCAAGACAGUCACCAUCGAAGCGGACAGCGCUGUGAUGCUCGGUAUCGUAAGACGACAAUACAGAUAUACACCGUUCAUGGAACUCCGCGAAGUUACCGACUUUGACCAUCGCAUUCCGACAUAUCAAUGGUGGAUGAAGCUGCGUCCGUUGCUGAAGGUGUUGGCGAAACACGAAUCGACAUACGAAGAGGAGGGCCUGUAUAUAACAGUCGAGGAGAUGGAUCUUCAGAACGACCCACCUCUCGUAUAAGAGUCGCAAAAAUGAAUAAUCACCUAAAUUCGUGGUGAGAAAUGGGUACCUGAAGCGCAAGAGAUGUAAGGUAUACUUGAGUCGCGCAGACUCGAUUCGCUACGUGCCAAUAGAAGAAGCGAGGUCUCCUUGUUCGCACAGCGACGAGACGGAGCGGCGUUGUUGCAGUAUAUCUCCUAGUGACGUUAUUAAAAUCGCAUCGCGUACAAUUGAUGUAUAGUAUCGAGAUUACACUAGACUUCGAUAAGUGUAAAAAAAAUUUUCUAGCGUAUAGUAAGGUAAACACACGGAGUCCAGGCGCAAAAUUAUACCGGAGAAUCGGAGAGCCGUUUUCGUCAAACACGCAAAGAGAGAGAAGAGGAACGCGUGAGAAAAAUCAGAAAACCAUCCGGCGAUACGCAAGAGACUUAUAUUUGAUACGCUACUCGAACCCCCGGUGCACACCUUCAAUUUUGCUAUGCAUCCGGGUGACCCGGCGAAUUAUCGUGCGAUAUUUUAACCAGCGCGUCUCGCGCGUUUUAGUUGAGACACUUGAAAAUUGAGACUCUUUUUAACGUACGAAACUGCGGUAGUCUCCUGUGUUUUAAGACAUCGACGUUGACCACUCUGAUGGUAAUAUUUUGCUGAUAGUAUUAGGAAAUCGAUGAAAAGUAAAAUGAAAGUUAUUGAAAAAUUACUGAAUAUAUUUCAAAAUGAAUCAUAAUUUUCUUUAUGGAAAA